CUUAAACUUGCCUUAGUCUCUACAAUGGCGAGCUCGCGUCAAGUCGUUCUCAGGGCUGUCCUAGCGAGCCUUAGCGUACUGAGCGCUCGGGGGGCGUCGGGGCCGGGAAACUACACAUUCCCUGACGGAUUCAUGUUCGGGGUUGCUACUGCUGCGUACCAGAUUGAAGGAGCGUGGAAUGAAGAUGGUAAGGGUGAAAGUAUGUGGGACACAUUUCUUCACACCCACCCAAACUACACGCCAGAUCACUCAAAUGGGGACGUGGCAGCGGAUUCUUAUCACAAAUAUAUGGAUGAUAUAGCCAUUGUCAAGGAGUUGGGUGUGGAGUAUUACAGGCUGUCGAUCUCUUGGCCAAGGUUGCUUCCGAACGGUACUGACAAUAACAUCAGCAAAUCUGCAGUCCGAUAUUAUCGGAAUGUGAUAAAGGAGUUAAUAAAAGCCAAUAUAAAACCCUUUGUGACUUUGUUCCACUGGGACAUGCCCACCCCUCUUAUGGACCUAGGCGGCUGGGCUAACCCUCAACUAGUGAAUUACUUUAGAGAUUACGCAAGAGUGGUGUUUAAUCUAUUUGGCGAUGUGGUUAAAGUAUGGACAACUAUGAAUGAGCCGCACCAACAUUGCAAUAACGGCUACGGCGGCGACUAUUUCGCUCCCGCUUUAAAAUCACACGGAGUUGGUGAAUACUUAUGCAUCCACUACAUGCUGCUGGCACAUGCUGCCGCAUACCAUCUUUACGACGAGGAGUUCAGACCGACACAAAAAGGGAAAAUUGGCAUCACUCUUGACGCGUUUUGGGCUAAGCCGAAAAACAGCGGUAAUCCAGAUGACAUCGAGGCCGCUGAAAGAUAUCUUCAGAUGCGCCUAGGUACCUUUGCGCACCCAAUCUUCUCUAAGCAAGGUGAUUAUCCGGAGCUCGUACGCAACAGAGUGGAUAAAUUGAGUCUGCAUCAAGGUUACACGAGAUCUCGAUUGCCAUAUUUUACGCCUGAAGAGAUAAUUUCAUUGAGAGGCAGCUCUGACUUCUUUGGACUGAAUCACUACACGACCUUCCUCAUGUCUCCGUCCAAUUCAGAGGAGAGCUGGGCAAAACCGUCAAUGGACUAUGACACGGGUGUCAAAUUAGAGCAAGAUCCAAAAUGGCUGAAACCAGGAGCUGAUUGGUUCUCGGUAUAUCCUCCUGGUUUUCGGAAACUUAUUAACUGGAUAACCCAUGAGUACGGGAAAGAUAUUCCAAUCAUCAUCACCGAAAAUGGUUUAACUGACCUUGGAGGCACCAACGACUACGCAAGAGUCGACUAUUAUAACCAAUACUUAGCUCAAAUGUUGCAAGCAAUGUACAUCGAUGGCUGUAACGUACAAGGAUAUUUUGCAUGGACAUUAAUGGAUGACUUUGAGUGGAAAGAUGGUUACACAUCAAAAUUUGGCUUGUACUAUGUAGACUUCAACAGUACCAAGAAAACCCGGAUACCAAAAUUGUCUGCGAUUAACUAUCGGGAAAUAGUGCGAUCUAAAAAAAUCAAUUUCGAGUUCAUAGAAAAACCAUCAUCGUCUGCCCAGUCCAAUAUAAUAAAGGAUUAAUAUUGACCAAACAUGUUGAUUUCAUGUUAAAUUGUACAUAUGAAAUAGUUAAUAAAUAUUA